AUGACCCAAUCCGAGCUUUCAGAGUUCCUCGACGCGCCCGCCCUUUUUCACCCAAAGGCUGAAAAAGAUAAAACAGAAGGGGUCCCAGAGGGACCAGGCCAGGUAAUCCGCUAUUCCGGUGAAAAAUACUUGUCGGGCAUCCCAACUCGAGAUAAUAUAGUUGCGGAAAAUGAUGAGGGAUUAACCGCAAUCCUUGAAGACGCUCUAUUCAAUUGCCAAGAAAUACCAUUCAUGGCCACUGAUAAUGAAGGAUCCAGCCAAAAAAUAAAUGGAAAGUAUUGCUAUGUAUUACGGCUCUACGGUUCUCUCAUUAAUGGCCAAAAAGCGAUAGUAAUCCUUUUGGGAAUUCAGGUUUUCUUUGACGUUCUUGUUCCAGACGGAGAGACUCCAGAUGAAUGUGAAAUGAAAAUAAGGGAUAUUCUCUCUGGGGAGGUGGAUACUCAAAAAAUUGAGCAUAUUAAAGCUUUCCCUUUUCGGGGUUAUCAUACAGAAAAAAAGACAUAUUUACGAAUCUAUAUGAGUGGUACCGGUAAAAGAAAAACAGCCAUUAUGGCUGUUCAAGAUAAUAAUUACGAAACUGCUUCAGACGAUUUAUACUCAUUCCACCGUAAGGUGGCUCGAGAGAAUGGAAUUCAACUUUCUGGGUGGUCUAUGCUGGGCAAUUACAUGUACAAGAAAAGGAUUGACCCUCUCUGCCCCCACACAUUUUACUUAUCUAAAAAAUAUUUUCAACCCAUUAAAGACCUUACUACGAUAACUGAUCGUUUCCCUAUUUCAGCACUCAAAAGGGAUCGUACUGUUAUCCUCACAUGGGAUAUAGAAACGCAAUCACAAGAGUUGGGUGAAUUUGCCGAAGUCCUUAAUCUGAAACAAAAUGUCUUUAUGAUUUACAUGACACUGCAUUGGAAAGAUGAUCCAAAACCGCUAAAGCAAAUAUGUCUUGUCGACAUUGAGACAGAACCAGAUCCACGCUGGACCACAAUCGUAUGUGGAAACCAAGAAAAUCUGCUAAAGGCAUUCGCUCUCUGCUGGCGAGCAUUUGCCCCUGACAUCCAAGUUGGGUUUAACGAUUCAGACUAUGAUUGGCGUUUCAUUAUGGAAAGAGCCUAUCAUCUCAACAUUCUCGAAUGGAUAUGGGAGCGGAUGACAGGAAAGUUUGAAACAAAGGAAGAAAUUAUAAAGUGGAAAUAUCGUGGAAAGAUAGGAGCGAAAUCCGAAAAUACUUUUAAGAAGAAAGAAAAGAAAAAGAAUAGUGAGGACAGAGAUAGUGAAAAUACUCUUCACAUUCUUGAGAAUGGAGAGGAGGAUACGGAAGUCAAAGAAUUUCUGGGCGGUCCGAUUAAGAUCAAAAUUUCUGCGGAAGAUAAUUUCUUUUCCAGCUUCCUUAAACUGCCAGGAUGUGUACCAAUUGACGUUAGAGUUUGCCUCAAAAAGCGUUACCCCCGUUCUGAAGUCGAAAAGGAAGGCUCACUUAAAUUCUUCUUACAAAAAUGCGGUCUUGACGCUAAAGUUGACAUGCCAUACAAUAAAAUAUGCACUGUGUUGCCAGGAGCUUUUGGUAAAGCUAAGUCAAAUAAAUGA